AUGAGGAACCCUUCACGGCUGUCUGUAAUUGCCCGCGAUGCCGGCAUCGUCGAAACAAAAAGACUAAGCAUUUUGCAGCAGCCCUUAGGAUCAGCAUCCCAUGGGGCAUCCGAUGAGGAUGUCUCCAAGGCAAAGGAAAUCCUCAUCCAUCAGCGGACACAAAGCGAGUCGUGGAAAGAUCCGUUGAAACAAAAACGGCGAUUUCUCCGCACAAAAGGGAAGAACGAGUCUCUCGCAAACCCCGAUAAGUGGACUUUCUCCAGGUAUGAGCGCUAUGUGGCUCUUGACAGUCAUAUCCAUACGCUCGGUCCCGUAGGUGUUGCCUGGGCAAUUCUCGAUCUCAACACGACGGAUGAGGUCUUCGAUGUGAACUUGAAAUAUCCGUGCGAGGCAAAAAGUCUGUAUGAAGAAAAUGACUGGCUAGAAUACGUGACAGCAAAGGGAUCUCUGGAGUAUGUCACUUUUCUGGCGAGUUGUGGCACACGGCAAUCAGCAAAAGACAAAGCCUUAUCAAUAUCGCUGGAACGGGAAGACAUGCCAAUGAUCAGAGAGCUGCUUUUGUACCAUGCAAACCCAAAUAAUGGUCUGGAAGAAACCUACUUUAUCCCGGCUGUGAUCCAAGGAAACUUUGAGCUGGUCUCCAUGUUCUUAUCUGCACCGAAUCCGUUGACAGCGGCGGCUCUCAAUACAGCAUUGAUCAAAUCCGUCCAGCAAGGCCACUCGCAUCUCGUGUCUCUGCUUAUAUCACAUGGUGCCGGUCCAACUUACACAAGAGGCAAGGCUGUAGAGGCCGCUGUUCUUAACGGUAGUUUGAGAGACCUUUCUUCAAUCUGUCUGAAAUCACAAAACACCUUGACUAUGACUGCACUCCACAAUGCAAUUUCCAUAGCCUGCACAAUGCAAGACGAUGAUUUGAGAGACUCCUUCGUGGAUUUGCUGCUCUGUGCUGGAGGUGACGCGAACCAUUCUGCAUUGGGAGACCUUUUGUUACAAUCUGUCAAGGCAGGACGCACCACAACCUUAUCCCUGCUCAUAAAACACGGGACAUCACCUAAUUCAAGAGAUGCAGAAGGUUUGAAACACGCAGUACAAAGCCUUCGACUUGAUCUCGUGGAGAUAAUUCUGCAUAGCGACGUCUCAACCAGGGGAAUGCGAAGAGCCCUGGAAUCCAUCCCAGACGAAGCAACAGAAAACCAAAUGCGCAGCGUGGCAAUGCUUCUACUUAAUAAAGGAGUUACCGAGGAGACACGCAGUCUCUGUUUGGCCCGUGCCGUUACUAAAGGCUUUGAUGAUUUCGCACUGUCACUAGUGAAACUUGGAGUGUCUCUAGACUACGAUGAUGCUGCCUGUGUGCGUCACAUUUUAAGGAAACAGGAUUUAAGCCUACUCGAAGCUUUACUUAUAGCUCCUUGCACUCCUGAGAAUCUCGCAAAGGCCAUCCCCGACGCCAUGGUCAUAAAUACGCUUUCCGUCAGACGGCACGCCAUGCAUUUGAUUUUGAGGAAGGGUGUCAACGGCAGAAAGCUACACAAAGUUCUUCUCACUGUGAUGGGGGAGGACAGCCCUCUAGGCACCGAUUACGAGCUCGCCAGUAUCUUGAUUCGCUACAAGGCAUCUGUCGACUUCGUUGGUUCUGGUGCUAACGAGAACGUUAUCCAGAUUGCAACAGCACGAAGCGACUUGAGAGCCCUCGAGCUACUAUGUCAGGCCAAACCAGCAUCGGAAACUGUGUCGGCGGCUUUGCCUCUUGUAUUCAAAUCCUACAGUUUCGUCAAUAACUCAAACACAUAUGAUAUAAUGUCAAUUCUGUUACGCUAUGAAGUGCAACAGGGUGCUCUGAACGAAACACUUGUGAACGCCGUCGCCCAAUAUAGUGAAGCGCGUAUCAUAAGCUUGCUUCUAGAAAAUGGCGCGGAUCCAAACUAUAAAGACGGAAAGGCAAUUGAAUCUGCAUUGGCUCUCCAGGAUCCCACUGCAUUGAGACUAAUAUGCGAUAGCGGGCCAUUGGAACCACAUGCAUUGGAGAGAUUAGUUCCACAGGCACUGAAUCCCCGAAAUUAUAGCAUCGACAAGGCUGGACGACUGCUUCAGUGUUGUGUGGAGUAUAGGAGGAUUUUAGACGUGGUAUUAAUCCUCGAAGUCGAAUCCAUGGGCUGUCGUCAAGAAGUCAUCCACCUUCUGCUAGAAUUAGGUGUAGGCGUUGACUUCAAGGACGCGGCUGCGUUGUGUUGUGUUGUUAGGAACAACGAUAUCGAAACAACACGGGUAUUACUUUCUAAGAAACCGGAGAAGAAACACUAUCCAACACUAUUGCAAAUAGCCAGCAAAAUACGAGGCAGCAAAGAUGACAGACUACAUAUGAUGCGUCUGCUUCUGAGCCAUGGCGGUCCUGGAGUUGGGCAAGAUGAUAUUCUCCUGCAACAAGUACAAUCAUCCACGGCGGCGGCAGCAGCAGCAACAGAUGUAGAUGAAUUCUCCUUGAUCAACCUUCUACUUGAUCACGGGGCUUCAGUUGACCAUAAAAACGGUGCUUUGAUCCAGACAGCGAUUAGCCGCAGUCGACUUCCACUUUUUGACCUUUUGAUGUCCAGAAAUCCAAACAGAGGGUCACUCGUCAGUGGAUUUGAGACGGCAAGGAGAAAUGCAACAUUUUCAAGUCAUGAGAGAUUGCAUGUCUUUGUUUCUCUAAUAAAAGCAGGGUUUGGGGGUCGCGGAGACUCCGAAGCCCUAAGUCUUGCCGUAAUUGAAGCAGUUGAACGAGAUCCCCUCGACUUGACGAUUCCCAGAUUAUUGAUGAACCAUGGUGCUAAUGUGGAGUAUAACCUCGGGCAUGCGUUCCAGUCGGCUGUCUUAGCCUCAUCACCCGAUCUAGUUGACUUAUUUCUCCACCAACAUCCUUCCAAUAAAACUAUCAAUCGGGUAUUUGGAAGGAUGAUAAGUUCUGGAACAAUGAGCCUUUCUGGUGGCCUCAAAGUAGGUCAACUACUUUUAGAGAAUGGUGUUCAAAAGUCUCUUGUCGAAAAUGCCUUGUCUGAGGUCUUUUCAGCUGCAAACUCCACAAAAAUGGGAUAUAUAUCCAAAAAAGAAGUCGGCUUGUUUCUGUCCCAUGGCGCAGAUGUUAAUGCAAAGGACGGUACAUAUUUCGUUCAAGCCGCCCUUAAAGAAGACAUGGAUUUAUUCCGAAUGCUCCUUAUCAAUGGCAAGCCCGACCCAUUGGUUAUUAUUCCAGUUCUCAUCCAGGCGAUUGUACCAGAGAAAGCGCUGCUGAGAUACUUGCGUGUACUUGUGGAAAAUAGUAUGAGUCCGAUCUCUGUCAAGGGGUCUACACUAUUCAUGGCUGUCGAACGCUUUCCCCGAGGCGGAGAACUCAUCCGGUUUUUAUUGGAAAAUGGCGUUUCUACGUUAGCUUCCACUACAGUAGCCACGAUAAACCCUGCUUUUGGCACCGAAGAUGUGAAUCUCGUGGUGUGGUCCUUGUUGCGCGAAAAUCCUAGAGUGAGUGACGAGAUUAUCGUAGCAGUAUUGCAAGCUGAAAGCGUCAAAGGUUGGAACUCUCUUCUCUUUCUUCCCAAAACCCUUGUGUGUGUUAUCAACGCUGACUUUGGCUUGCUAGACUCCUUAUUCGUGACUGCAAAAACCCGGCUAUCGGCGACAAUACUUGCAGCCAAGUACAGGCGACACAAAGUUAUGCGUGAACUUGUCAACCAGAAAGCCGAUCUAUCAAGUCGCGACUACCAGAGUCGGUCAGCACUAUUCUACGCCAGUCGAAACGGAGAUACGGAGAUGGUCCAAAUUCUGAAUAACGCCGGUGCACUGCCUGAUGAUGGAAGUCUGCAUGAAGCAACUCGCCAGGCCCACCCGCAGAUUGUAUCCCUGCUUCUCUCUGCCGGCCAUGAUAUCAGUUUCCCAUCAUUACUACAUUCAGAUGAGUCCGGAUUAGGGCGAAGUCCGCUGGAAGAAUUAUGCCUCAAAGCAACCCGCCCAAAUUCGGAUGAAGACGUUACUUGGUGUACAAGGCUUCGGGAGACGAUGCAAAUUUUACUUUACAACCAGCAGGGUAAAGAUAUUAAAAAGGACGGAGGUAGUGGCGACAACAAAUCCAUUCUUCACCUUGCGCUUGACAACGACACGAACGCUCUGGAAGUGACCGAAGCGCUUCUCGAAUUUCCGCAGGUGUGGAAAUUCAUCAACGAACCGGUUCAUCAGUUCAAGGAUGCGGAAGGUUUCAUCUACUCACCGACAAAAUACGUGGAACACUUUCACAGAGGUCCAAAAAAUAUAGGCAAACAGCUUAUGCGACUUCUUCUGGGAAAGCGGUGUCAGGACCGCUACUAUUCAUCUCGAGGAUACGAUGAUCAACCUGAACAUGCAGUUGGCAUCCCCGAGGAUAUUGUAGCAGAGAUAAACAAGCGGAAACGCCUGGAAUGUGAGAAGCAGGAGGAGAUGGCACGUAUGGACGAGCUUGCGGCUCACCAGCGAGACGUUCGGCUGAAGGAUCAUCAGCUUGAGCUGCGUAUGUCAGACGAGCGCUACGAGCAGACGGUGAAACAGACUCAAGAGCGAGAUGCAUAUCAGCAGCGCACUUUUCAGAAUAAGCAUAGCUUGGCCCUCAUGCACGAGCAGGCGCUCAAUCAACAACGUCGCAAUCAACUAGAGGAAGAAAGCAAACUCAAGCUUAGGCUCCUGAGUGAUGAGACAAUGCAGCAACAAUCGUUUCUUGAGGUUGGAAGAGCAAAGGAACUACAAUACAGGAGCAGACUGCUCGCGCAGGAGCGAGAAACAGAAGAGGCAAAGAUUGGUAUUCAAAAACAGAUGAUGUGGGAUCGUGAGAAUGUAGACGCAAAGCAGCAUGGCCGGCAAAUAGAGUUACUCGAUCACCAGGAUCAAAUCCACGAAAAGCAACAUACUCGACAUGUCAGUUUGCUUGAUCGUCAGGAUCAGAGCGUCAAAAAACGAGCAGUUGAAGCGAGGAGCGUAGCUGAAGCUGCACGGGUGGCCAACAUGCCGUCGAAUUUGUUACAAUUGGAGGAGCUGGAUUAG